CGAUACAACUUUAAUCUCCUCUACAGAAUGUUACUGAAAUGUGGUCUCUAUUUGAGACAGAUCCUCCUGUGGAAGUCUUGGCUCCCAACUAUCCUCUACUAAUCAUGAUCUGUAUCCUCAUGACAGUAAUCAUCACAGGUAAUACACUGAGUAUCAUCACAAUAGUCUCAACACCCAGUCUCUUCAACCAAACAGGUUAUUGCUUGAUCAACCUUGCCAUUGCUGAUUUAUCCAUUGGCAUCUUCUAUUUGCCAUUCUGCAUCCCGAUUGUGAUUACAGGUCAGUGGUACAGUACUGACCUCUUCUGUAGGGUCAUGACCUCUACAGCCAUCUGCACGGUCAUUGUCUCCAUCACCUCACUAGCCCUUAUUAGUAUUGACCGCUUCGUCUGCAUUUUUGUUCCCUUCCGCUAUCAACGGAUCUUCUCUAAGAGGCGCGUCUUCUCCCUUCUUCUCGUAACGUGGGGCUACGGAUCUGCGAUGGCAUUGUUUUCUGUUACGGUACCACACUUCAUCAAGUUCCAGCCAUUCUUCUACAACUGCGGGAUCGAUGUCACCGGCGACAAAACAAGGCCUUACACCAUCACUCUACUGACUUGCGGGUUCUACAUUCCACUGGUGGUGAUCUUCUACUGCUGCUUACGCAUCAAAAACAUCAGCUGGAAAGCCAGGCAGAAGAUAAACCUUCAGAACCAGGUCACGGCCAGAGAAAAGACAAGAUUCAAAGAAACUAGGAGACAAAUCACCAUCACAGCCCGGGUUUUCGUGGUCAUCGUUGUAUUCCUCAUAUGCUGGGGACCAUUCGCCAUUGAGAUGCACUACGGCCUCAUCACCAGACAUCAGUUUCCAUGGCAACUAUCCGUCACAUUUGAAUUCCUGGCUAAAUUCAACAGUGCAAUGAACCCCUUCAUAUAUAUGAUCACUUUUGCACCAUUCAGAAAAACAUUCCUCAAAAGGUACUUUCCAAGUUUUGUCAAAGACGAAAGGCCAUCAAUAGAGGUCAUGCCAUGCUCCUCUUCAGAGAAAAACAACACGAAUGGUAUUAAGACAGUUUCAGGGUCCGUUAGUGAAAGAAGAAGUUUCCCUGAUAAUAAUUUGGCUGAAGCAACUAUGGCUGGUCAUCAAUUUCAUGGGAAUAUCACAAUUCAACAUGAUAUACAUGUAUGAUAGGUACAAUUUACUUACAUUUUAGGAUAAAGAGCCCUAAAUUGGUUUCACGUCUUUGGCAAAUAGGCAAGCACUCUUUCACCUCAUGCAAAUAUGUUCUGUGAUUUGUCUAUACUACGGACACUAUAAUAAAUGGUACACAGCUAAUGAAAGUAAGUGAAGAGAGUAACACAUUGAAUUCAGGAAAGGAAUUAACAUUAAUGAUUCCAUUAUACCAACAACAUUCCCUGAAAAGUGAAUACAAGAAACCUUGUACAUCUACAUGCAAAGUCUUUAAGACUUGGUAUAAUGAGAAGGGGGAGGAAGAUGAGGGAGGGGGGGGAGGAGGGUGAGGAGGAUAAGAAGAGAGAGAGAGAGAAAAAGACGGAUGAUAUACAGUAUGAUAUAAUCUAGUCAUGCAUUGUAUGUGUCUAAUUGCUUUACAGAACAGAAUAGAAAAUAAAUAAAGAAGAUGCAAGAAAUUUACUCAGAACUGAUACAUCACUAAAUAAAUUAAUAUGCUCUGAAAUCGACCCUCAAACAAUUUGCUGAAUUCAUAUCAAUAAAAUUACUCACUCUUUCUUCAUUCUCA